GCUUCCCUCCUCCCCCCGCCCACCACGUCUGCGGAGUGGGUGUCGGCCCCCUCCCCAGGGGGCGCCAGCGAGGACCUGGGCGAGGCGCUGGACAAGCCACUGGAGAACGAUGCAGAAGGCGUGUGGAGUCCCGACAUCGAGCAGAGCUUCCAGGAGGCGCUGGCCAUCUACCCCCCCUGCGGCCGGCGGAAGAUCAUCCUCUCUGACGAGGGCAAGAUGUACGGACGGAACGAGCUGAUAGCCAGAUACAUCAAACUCAGGACGGGGAAGACGCGGACCAGGAAGCAGGUGUCCAGUCACAUCCAGGUACUCGCCCGACGGAAGGCCCGGGAGAUCCAGGUGAAGCUGAAGGACCAGGUGGCCAAAGACAAGGCCCUGCAGAGCAUGGCCACCAUGUCUUCCGCCCAGAUCAUCUCCGCCUCCGCCUUCCAGAACAAGAUGGCGCUGCAUGGGCUGUCGAGGCCGGCCUACCCGCCUGCUGCCGGGUUUUGGCAUGGCACUCUCCCAGGGCAGCCUUCGGGUCCUGAAGACAUAAAGCCUUUUUCAUCGCAGAACUACAUCCAGGCGUCCGGUGCCCCUCCCAUCAGCGGUUAUGAGAGCACAGCAGGUCUCUCAGUAUCCCCCAGUGCCCCCCCCUGGCAGGGCCGCAGUAUCGCCAGCUCCAAGCUGCGCAUGUUGGAGUUCUCGGCUUUCCUGGAGCACCAGCAGGACCCCGAAACUUAUAACAAACACCUGUUUGUGCACAUCGGCCAGUCCAACCCCUCGUUCAGCGACCCCUACCUGGAGGCUGUGGACAUCAGGCAGAUCUACGACAAGUUCCCCGAGAAGAAGGGCGGUCUGAAGGAGCUGUUUGAGAGGGGCCCGGCCAAUGCCUUCUUCCUGGUCAAAUUCUGGGCGGACCUGAGCACCAACAUUCAGGACGACAGCAACGCAUUCUAUGGGGUGUCCAGCCAGUAUGAGAGCUCCGACAACAUGAUCAUCACCUCCUCCACGAAGGUCUGCUCCUUCGGCAAGCAGGUGGUGGAGAAGGUGGAGACGGAGUACGCGCGGUUCGAGAACGGCCGCUUCCUGUUCCGAAUCCACCGCUCCCCGCUCUGCGAGUACAUGAUCAACUUCAUACACAAACUCAAACACCUGCCUGAGAAGUACAUGAUGAACAGCGUGCUGGAGAACUUCACCAUCCUGCAGGUGGUAGCAAACAGAGACACACUGGAGACCCUGCUGUGUGUGGCCUAUGUGUUCGAGGUGUCGACCAGCGAGCACGGAGCACAGCACCACAUCUACAGGCUCAUUAAGGACUGAGCCGCCCGGAGAUUAGGACUGCUGGUCAACUUCCUGAUGCCAGCAUUUCCACCGCAAACACCUCCCCCGCGGACUGCCAGCAAGCCCUGUGUGUGUGCUCAGAAAGACCCCAGCGCACUGUGUGUGUGCUCAGAAAGACCCCAGCGCAGGGCUCUGGCUCUCCCAGC